AUGCGGACUCGAGCCAUGGAUGGCAUCUCUAAGCCCGUCCACAAACUUAACCUCCACGCUUCCACUAUAAUCCCCCUACCCAAACGACCCACCGAUGCCUUGUCCAUUCCCGAAUGGUAUGACGCCAUGGAAACCGAAUUUCACGCUCUUAUUAAAAACGAGACUUGGGAAUUAGUUCCGAGACAUCCGGCCAUGCACAUUAUUAGAAGUAUGUGGCUCUUUAAACACAAGUUCAAAUCGGAUGGUACUUUGGAGCGAUACAAAGCGCGGUUAGUAUGUGACGGUCGUCUUCAACAAGUGGGCAUUGACUGUGGCGAUACAUUCAGCCCGGUAGUAAAACCGGCUACCAUACGUAUUAUUUUAUCACUGGCCCUCUCCAACUCAUGGUCCGUUCACCAGUUAGAUGUCACAAACGCUUUUUUACACGGCAAUCUUCAUGAAACAGUAUAUAUGCACCAGCCGAUGGGCUUUCGACAUCGUGAUUUCCCGGACCACGUUUGUCGCCUUAAAAAGUCGUUAUAUGGGUUAAAGCAGGCUCCACGGGCAUGGUACCAACGUUUUACCGAUUAUGUUCUUACAGUCGGAUUUAUUCAAAGUCGGUGUGACGCUUCUCUGUUUAUAUUUCAUCAUGGACACGACGUUGCUUUCUUGCUACUCUAUGUUGAUGACAUAGUUCUAGUCACCUCGUCUGACCUUCUUCGGCAACGUCUGAUGGCUAAUCUUGCUGGUGAAUUCGCCAUGAAGGAUCUUGGCCCGUUAAGUUUCUUUCUCGGCAUAUCGGUUUCGCGGAUCCAAGACACCAUGUUUUUAUCCCAACAUGCGUAUGCACUCGAUAUCAUUAAACGGGCAAACAUGACUCAAUGUAAUCCAGUUGCUACUCCAGUCGAUACCAAUGCUAAACUUAGUGCCUCGUCUGGCGACGCCUUCUCUGACCCCACUCUUUACCGGAGUUUAGCGGGAGCUUUGCAAUAUCUAACGUUUACCCGUCCAGACAUAAGCUAUGCGGUACAGCAAGUUUGCAUGCACAUGGAUGCCCCAAAAACAGGUCAUUGGCUCGCUUUGAAAAGAAUUAUAAGGUACAUUAAGGGUACAGCCUCUUUUGGUUUAACAAUCGGCCCCACCACCUCCAACUCGCUAGUAGCCUACACCGACGCCGACUGGGCUGGCUGCCCCGACACUCGACGGUCGACUAGUGGCUAUUGUGUCUACUACGGUGACAACCUUAUCUCGUGGUCCUCCAAACGGCAACCAACUAUUUCUCGGUCAAGCGCGGAAGCCGAAUACCGGGCCGUUGCCAACGUUGUGUCAGAAAUAUGUUGGCUUUGA